CAAUUAGCGGAAUUGUCAAAGUGUAAAAUGUGUAAAUAUAACCAAAAAUUUUAAGUAAUCUAGUUCACAUUUCGUAGUUGUAAUCGAGAAAUACUUUGAUUAAUUUUGAGAUUAAUAAUAACGCUAUGUGUUUUUGGGUUCUACUUAGUGAUUAAAUAAAAUAAAAGAAGAAGGAAGUAAUAGUGAUGGCUACUAGUAGACUCGAGAAAAUCGGAACCAUUUAUACGAGAGUGGAGGGACUUUUGAAGAGCGGUGGAAUAAAGCCGGAUGACCGACCUCUUUGGUUUGAUGUGUAUAGAGCCUUUCCGCCGUUUGUUGAGCCGAAAUACGCCCGGCCAAAGCCAGACAUCAAACAUGUUCGACAGAUAUUAUACAAAGAAGACGUAGUAAGAGCGAAAUUCCACUCACAAGGACAUGGCAUAGGGAUAAAUAUGCUCAACCCCUCUGGAGAAACACAAAUAAAAAGGUUAAUACAGAAGUAUGAAAAGUUAGAGGCUGAAGGUAUACCAGACGCAGAGCUUAUAGACAAGUCUCUUACAGAAGUUGUUAGCGAGCAGGCUCUGUCUAUAAAGUCAAAAAUUGAAAAUCCAGAAUCAGCUACCGCACAGGUUUUGGGGGUAGAUGUGAAAAAUAUAUUUAAGGAGUGAUAUACAUUAUAAUAUUUAAUGUAGUUUUAGGUACUAUCAAUUUAAUUGUAGAAAAUAAAAAUUUUUAGUUACAAA